AUGCCACUCCCACCCCUCCAAAUCCACCCCGUCACCGAACCCGACCUCCCCGCCCUAACCCGCCUCUUCUACGCCGGGUUCACAACGCCCACCGACCGCCAGAUGUUCCCAGACACGCCGGGCCUCCGCGCCUGGUGGGCCGCCGCCAAUCGCCAGGAUCUGGAGCAGAAGGCCGGGGUCCGCUACCUGAAGGUGGUGGAUCCGGGGCUCUGCCCUGCUGGUGCCGCUGCCGCACCGGACGCGAAAGAAGGCGAUGCUGCUGCUGCUGCUGCUGCUGCUGACAACGACACCAGUAUAAUCGCCUACGGGAAAUGGGAUCUCGAUCCGGGCCACCGUGGCGCUCGGUUCCCCGAAUGGCAUUCGGACUCGGAUGCGGCGUUGUGUGAGCAGUUCUUUGGCGGGUGUGAGGUGGUGAGGAGGGAGGUUAUGGGGCAGAGGAGAGGGGGAUAUUAUUACCUCGAUAUGUUAGUGACGCACCCGCAGCACCGGAGACGCGGAGCGGCGACCAUGUUGGUCCGUUGGGGCUGCGAGCUGGCGGACCGUACGGGAAUGCUCGUGUAUAUCGAUUCGACGCGCGCCGGGGUGCCGGUGUAUGAGCCGUUGGGGUUUGUGGUGGUGCGCGAGGAUGCGGAGGCGGAGUUGUUUAGUAUGGUGAGGGAGCCAGGGGCUGCCUCUUCCGAUGUUCGUGAAGGAUGA